AUGUUGUUCCGUUAUUUUUUUUUCUUUCUUUUCUUUUUUCUUUCAUUUCUUUUUUCAUUCUUUUCUUUUUUCUUUCUUUCAUUUGUUCCUAUCUACAAUUUUACCUUUUUUGUUUCUUAUUCAUUUUCUCCAUAUUCUUUUCUCUCUCUCCCGCGCUCUCUCUCUCUCUCUCUCUCUCUCUCUCUCUCUCUCUCUCUCUCUCUCUCUCUCUCCCGCACGUUGCUUCCUCUUCGGACUUUUCCCUCUAUUUUUUCUUUCUUUCUUUCUUUCUUUCUUUCUUUCUUUCUUUCUUUCUUUCUUUCUGUUGCUGUAACUACCAUACCUGUCAUUCGGUUCUUUCUUUUUUUCUUUUGUCCUGUUUCAAUGUUUUUUUUUGUUUUCUUAUUAUUUUUGUACGUAUUGUUUCUUCUUCAUCGCUCUCUCCCCCCCCUCUCCCCCCCUCUCUCUCUCUCGUUGUCAGGUACGUUCUUUCUUUCUUCUUUUGUGUACACCAUUCACUUUUUGGUCACCCGUUCAGUUCGCUUUACAUUUUUUUUUUGUAGCCCUUACCAUUCGCUCUUCAUUUUGUCGCCCUUACCGUUCGCUCUUCAUUUUUUGUCGCCCUUACCGUUUGCUAUUCUUUUUUUCUUUUCUUUUUUGUCGCCCUUACCAUUCGCUCUUCAUUUUCUGUCGCCCUUACCUUUCGCUCUUCAUUUUAUGUCGCCCUUACCUUUCGCUCUUCAUUUUUUGUCGCCCUUACCGUUCGCUUUUCUUUUUUUUGUCGCCCUUACCGUUUGCUUUUCUUUUUUUUUUGUCGCCCGUACCGUUCGCUCUUCAUUUUCUGUCGCCCUUUACCGUUCGCUCUUCAUUUUUGUCGCCCUUACCGUUCGCUCUUCAUUUUCUGUCGCCCUUACCGUUCGCUCUUCAUUUUUUGUCGCCCUUACCGUUCGCUCUUCAUAUUUUGUCGCCCUUACCGUUUGCUAUUCUUUUUUUUUUGUCGCCCUUACCAUUCGCUCUUCAUUUUCUGUCGCCUUACCUUUCGCUCUUCAUUUUUUGUCGCCUUUACCUUUCGCUCUUCAUUUUUGUCGCCUUUACCUUUCGCUCUUCAUUUUGUCGCCCUUACCGUUCGCUCUUCAUUUUCUGUCGCCCUUACCGUCUGCUCUUCAGAAAUCACAUCAGCUGUCUUCAGGCCAAUGCCCUAAACAGCCGCGUAUCUCUUCUCUCCCUGUUGCUAUUAUUAUAGAUUACGUUAUUUUCAUUGCCAAAGAUUUUGUUUUCCCUCCUCCUUCCUGCUCUGACAUCUUUCUUACCAUUACUAUUCCCUAUCAGUUCGACAUUUCCUUAGACGACCUCCCCCCCUCCAUCCGUGAAAUAAAGCUCUCUUACUUUCCUGCUUACUACAUACCAUGCCACUCAAAACACCUCAGCUUUAAGCACAUCCACACCCAUAUACGACCAACCGAUUCUAUCAUAAUAUUUAUUUGA